AUGUCAGACGUCAGACAUGAGCACGUGUUUUUGUUUAUACAACAAAUGUCUGCCACUAAUGAUGACAACGCCAUCGCUGGCCAACCCAUCGCCGGACAACUCUUCGGACUCUUUGGCUGCGCCGACGACUACCCGCCCGACGGAUCUAAUUGUGACCAACAAGUGGUCCAAACCGGCGAUGAAUUGGUGGCAAAAGAGGGAUCAAUGAAUGAAGAGAUUGAAGCGAUUGAUGCCAACUAUUGCGUGAUCUGCAAGAGCUCUGACACCAAGUAUUGUUGCCCUAAAUGUCAGUUAAAGAGCUGUUCAAUGAUUUGCUGCAAAACACAUAAAUUGAGAUUCAAUUGCAAUGGAGUCAGAGAUAAGACAACUUUUGUCAAAAUAAGUGAUUUCUCUCAACAAGACUUUUUGUCAGAUUAUUUCUUCCUCGAAGACGUGGACCGAACGCUCGACAACUCUGGCCGUCAAAGACGCGCUAUAAUUAACUCGAAGAAUAUGUUACCGAAAUGGCUCCAGAAGUUGGUCCGCGAGGCCAGAGUGAGAGGAAUCGAUUUGAAGAUAAUGCCCGGAGGUUUCAAACGUCGCAAACAAAACACUACAUGUUUUAUGUACGCAAACAAUACCAUCAAUUGGGACAUUGAGUUCAAGUUUAUCCACGCCUUGGAUAACAAAGAGAUGAAGAAUUUGGAUCAACUGUUGGCCGACGACUUAGUUGUCUCGCAUUCCGAGUUCUCAUGUGUUGACCGUCGGGUCUCAGAAGAGACACCACUUUUGACAUUACUGUCCAAAUAUAUAGAAACAAAUGAUUUGAUUGAUUGUUACGAAAGAAAUUGUAAACUAGUCUUAUAUCGGAAGACAGGAAUCGAUGGAAUCUCUGUUUUGUUCCGUAAAGAAAAUCUCGGAUCAAAAGAACACAAAUACUAUGAAUUAGAUGUGAAUAAAACAAUUAAAGACAAUUUGGUCCGAAAGAAAAUGUCCUCCAAUGAAAUAAGUAGUCAAUUAUCACAUUCGGGUGAAUCGACUGAAGACGUGGUCAAAAAUGAGGAUUCAGUGAAAAAGUCUGCUUUUAAUUGGGAAGUGUUUGACGAAAGAGCAAAUGCUUUGAAGGAUUUGCGACAAAAGCGAGAAUUCGUCGACAUUUCACUCGAGACCGAAGACGGCGGACAAGAGUUGGCGCACUUCGCCGUUGUCUCCGCUUUGGGUAAAUAUUUCACUGAAUGUGUGGACAAAGAGUUGAACUCUCCGGACGUACAACAGGAGACUCUCGACAACGGGUUUGUCGUAAAGAAAGUUUUGCUCAAAACUGUGACCAAAUCUGUGCUCAAAAUACUAGUCGACUGUUCUUACAACGGAUAUAUUGAGACAAACAGCGAAACUGUUUGGCCAUUGAUUAAGACGGCUGUGGAGUACGAAUUGCUGGAUGUGUUGGAGUGGAGCCUCACUUUUCUCAUACGACAACUCGAUGUCCAGAAUUGUGUGGAACUCUUCCAUUUGGGUCUUAAAUACAAACACCAGCUCUCAAACGCUUCCUAUGCUUUCAUUAAGACUAACUUCACUGAAAUUGUCAACAUUUGUGUCAACUUUUGGACCUUAGAUUUGGAAGAACUGAAGACUCUUUUAGACGACGACGAACUCAAUAUCCAAACAGAGAGAACAGCUUUCGAUGCAAUUAUUCGUUGGAUUCAUUACGAGAUCGACACCAGAAAAGCUCAUCUCUCGACUCUCAUAUCGAUACUACGGUUCGCGAGACUCGAGUUGUCUUUCAUCGACAACGAUAUCAUGAAGAAUGCGCUCAUUCUUGACGACAAAGAAGCCGUUCGUAUUGUCAAUACUUUUAAAGACAAAUACAAUUCGUUUACAAAAAAAAAAGACGGAAAUGGUUUAUACGUUGGCUUAACUCCUGUAGCCAUUAGACCGCGUAUUCCUCAUGAGAUAAUUCUGGCGUUCGGCGGAUGGCAGGAAGGCGUGCCCUCCACUCUUAUGGAGGCCUACGAUCUCAGAACCAAUCGAUGGUUUGACACAAAGAUAUCUCACGACAGUCCCCGCGCUUAUCACGGAAUGCAGAUAAUCGAUGGCAUGGUUUAUGUGAUCGGCGGUACAAAUGGCACAGAAAUACUGAAUACCGUUCAGUGUUUUAAUCCAAUUACCAGAAAAUGGUUUGAAAGGUCGCCAAUGGGUGAUCAAAGAUGUUAUGUGAGCACAGUUUCCAUCGAUGGCAUCAUAUAUGCGAUGGGAGGACACAAUGGGAGGCAAAGAAUCAAAACAUGUGAAAAAUACAACACCAAAGAAGACAAAUGGACUGCUUUUGAAGACAUGAAUAUGAGUCGAAGCGAUGGCUCGGCUGCUGUCCAUCAGAACAAGAUAUAUAUCGCCGGCGGACUAAACGAUCAAAUCAUUGAGAAUACGGUUGAAUGCUAUGACUUCAGAGACAACACUUGGAGUUUUAUUCAUCCAAUGAUUACUCCGCGAACUAGUCUUGGAUUUGUCUCAUUAAAUCAGUCACUUUUCGCAAUCGGAGGUAACAAUGGAUUUGAAAGACUUCAAAGUGUGGAAAGAUAUGACUUUAAGCUCAGGACUUGGCUUCCGGUCGGGAACAUGAACUCAAAGCGAAGCACUUUCGGAACCGUUGUUAUUGGCAAUCAGUUGUAUGUCAUCGGAGGCUAUAAUGGCCAAACACCGAUUUGUUCGGUGGAGAGGUUUGACUCAAACCAAAUGGUUUGGAAGGAAAUGAAAAGCUUGAAACACGAUAGAAGCGGUUUAGCGGUGUGUGUGGCCACCGGUCUCUCCAAUUCAGUCGACUAUACAUUCAUCGGAAAGAAUAAAAAAUCCGCUAAAAAAGCGGACAAAAAGAGCGACACAAACGACUCAAAGGACAACACUUCAGAUGAAAUAGAAUGUCCGAACGGAUGGACACAAUUCGAGAACAAAUGCUUUCUCUUUUAUACGGAUAAGUCUUUCCUCAACUUCUAUGAGUCUCAUAUCGUAUGCAAAGACUUCUUCAACGCAACCCUUGUGUCCAUUCACUCCAAAGAAGAGCAAACAUUUCUUACAAAAUACGCUUUCUUUACAAAUAAGGCCCAAAAUCAUGUCUGGAUUGGCGCCCGGAGAACAUUCAAUGAGACAUUUGUCUGGGAAGACAACAGUGCUUUCAAUUACACAAAUUGGGCCAAAACUCAACCAAACAAUUUGGACGGAAAGCACUUUUGCACAUCACUCCUACAGUCACCCAAUUUAUCUGAUUUAGGCUUUUGGUACGACGACCCCUGCGCUGAUAAAUACCACUUCAUAUGCCAGAUAUAUCUCGCGGAUAAUACAUUGGAUUCAUUGAACAAUAGCUCUGCUCUUGUCAUCAAUACUUCCGCAACGGUUGACAACUCGACGACCGAAAGAAUACUAACUUUCGAUGAAUUGAAAGCUCUUCACAACAAUAGCGCAAAUAUAUCGACGAUAUCUGCUCUCAUCUCUUCCUCGACGGUGAAAGAGAAACAGCACUUCAGUUACUAUAACACUGUAUUAACGGUGUUAGCAGUGGUUCAGCUCAUCUUAUAG